CUUCCUCUUCUUCAACUUCAACUUUUGCCCCCAAACAAAAAAAGAUACGAAUGAGGAAGAGGAUAACAAGGAAGGAGGGGGAAAAAAAAAGUUCCAUCAAAGAGCCUAGUGUGUUCAGCCAUUCAUAAGCUCCCAUAGCUGGGCAGGCUCCGGGUGCUGUUACAAGUUAAGUUGAGACAAGAGGGUGCCAAAGGAUUACCAGAAUACAAAAUAAAAGAGAAAGAAGAAGAAAAAAUUCUGAGGAAAAAACAAAAAGGUGUUGGGAGUUUUUUGUGGUUGUCGGAUCAUUUGUGGCAUUCUAUUGUUCCUCUUGUAUCCCAUCGCCUCUAUCCGACUUCUCAUUCAAACAAGCAUCCCCCUUGACCUGGGCGUCCGUUUAUCCUCGAUACAGUACCGUAGCCCACCGGAACAAUUCUCCCGCGAUGAACGGUUUCGAAUUCUCUUCCUACAAGACAUCGACUAUGCGUAGCGACAUUUCCACCAUUUAUCGUCCCUCCCCUACCUCGUCGCUGGCAGGCAAUGUCUCCUCCGGCAACACCCCUGGAUAUCGCCAAUCACCACCGGUCCCAAUAGACAAAACAACUUGUAUUGCUCUUGUCACAAACGCUCUUAAAGAAGCACGAGAAAAGAACCGGGAAGCUGAGCUGAGGGGGAGGGGCAACAACUCACCCGACUUAAGUGCACAGCAACAAUUCUACCAGCGAUCAGGAGUGACAAUUGAUUUGAGCCAUCAAAAAAUCUCAAACAUUCCACUGGAUGUGAUUGAGCUUAUUAAGGAUGAGAUUGAAAGAUUGGCCUUAGCUCAUAAUCAAUUGACUUCAUUCUCGGAGGAAUUCUCAAGUUUACCUCGCCUUCGAUAUUUAAACCUCCGAUCCAAUUUUCUCAGAGAGUUCCCGUUGCCACUCACCAAACUGCCUUCACUUGAGAUACUAGAUGUUAGCCGAAAUCGGCUACGAUCGCUGCCGCAGGAUUUUGGGAAGCUGAUGUCUUUAAAGGUCCUGUCAAUGUCGAAGAACAAGAUCAAUGUGCUGCCAACAUAUAUAGGGGACAUGAACGAGCUCAAGAUACUAAAGCUAGAUCACAACCCCAUACUAUUUCCAGCAAAGGAUGUUCUGGAAAAUGGGGAAGCGGACCGGGAUACAUGGUUAGAAACUGUUAAACGGUUUUUGAAGAAUCAUGCUGAGAGGUCCAACCCAGCGCUGGAUACGGAGUCUGGAUCCAGUAGCGACGAGGGUGGGGGUGACAAUGACUUUUCUUCGCUCAACUCCACGGUGGCAAGAACCCCAAGCUUCGAAUCGGAAAGGCCCGAAUCCAGUUUGUCAACAAUCAGACCGUUGAAGCUAGCAGGUGAAGCAACUAUGCCAGGGUUUAAUGGUCCCCAAAAAGGUAGCUUACCUCGAAGACCACCACAAAAGCAACCUACUCUUUCGCCAUCACCAGCAUUACCCACAUCUACUUUAACGAGUCCACCUCAAUCACUAAUAAACUCUGGUGCCGGUUCCUCACAAACGGAAAGGUCGCGAAGUAACAGUGAAUCUACUGUUCAAGCCCACCGCGGUAAUCGGCGCAUGGGCAUGCUAGGGCCAAGAAAAACUUCUAACGCUACGGCUGCUGAGGGAUUGAGAACCGUCGAAGAACAAAAAACCCUCAAACAUCAACGAGGGUAUUCUCACGAUUCCGUCAUAGAUUCUGCUCAACGCUCUGCUCAAAUGGGGAAACCAAUUGAUGGAAGCUCACGUAGCCCCACCGAUAAAGAGAGGCAACCAGGACCCUACUUUCGCAGACUAUCAUCCCUACCAGAACAUAAACGUGCAUCUCUAUCUUCCGCUCGAGUCGGUGAAGCUGCUCGGGGAAUAUUGUACGCCAUGUCAACGUUGCAGAGGCCAAUUGAGCAGUAUGUUCAAUCAGCUGGAGACCCUAACGGUGGCCCUCAUCACAAAGUGGAACGUGUGCUUUAUAACGGGAACCUGCAUAUUGGCUCUCUUGUUGGUUCAUUAGAGGCCUAUGAGGAGAAAGACGAUGAGGCUGCAGUGGACAAUGUUGUGGAUGCGUGUUGCGCUUGCCUCGCUGCGUUCAAACAAGUUCUGAAUAUGGUUCAAUCCGACUCGAGAGAAAUUGGUGCUGGCAUGGUUGGUGCUGAUGCAAGAUAUAUGAGGACAUUGUUGUUGAUGGUGUAUGGAUCAUACGUCGAGAUUCAAAGCUCGUAUGAUAUUGUCAAGCCAUUGAUUGUGGGACAAGCUUCUGAUAGUACCUUACGUUCUUAUAACCCAGGCAAUUUGAUAGCCCGUUAUCCGCCUAAUUCAAAUGGCAACCUUCGGCUUAAAUCUGCAUCAACUGCCUCGUCUACAACCUCUAUUGCUACUUCCGUCGUUUCAAUCUCACAGUCAGCGGCAAUUCCGCCAGUGCUACCGACUCCUCGGGGUGACAUAUUCGCAGUACCCCCUACCCCAGGAUUUCAAUCCAAUCUUUCACAUUCCUCUGAUGGAGGUUUUGAUCAUGACGAACCGUUAUAUGGCAAAUUCCAGGCUGCCACUGCUGCUGCGCUUUCAACUCUUCCUAUUAUCGAUAGGGAAAUCAAAACGGCUGUAACCCAGAAUCUACAACCCAGCACUACGUUGAAAUUACGAGAGGUUUCUUCACUUUGCGCUACAGGUGCGGAGGCAGCUAGGAGGCUCUCGAAAACCAAGUGGGAUGCCAUUCGUGAUGGUGACAUUAUUGAACGGAGAAAAUUUUGGGAAGAUACCAAUAAGUUUACUAAUGUUGGCUCUCUCUUUCUUAAAUCGUUAAAACCAAAGUACUGAUAAAUUUAUGUUUGAUCUAGCUUGUUAUCAGCAUCGCCGAACUCAUCAAGUCAGUGACCCAAGAAUAUGCCUUUCCGAGGCCCACUUUAGCCGCAGUGGGCACAGUAGUUCGACCAACGAAAGACCUUUAUAUCCUCAUGAACAGCUCUUCUUUCCGUCACAUGGCCGAAUCUCAACAGCUUUCCCCCCAUAACGGUGGAUCUCUUUCUCCAACACCCUAUUCCGUAUCUUUUCCCUACCAGCCUAUGACUGCUACCCCACUUUCUGCUGCCUUGGGGCAUGCUGCGCAGGCAACAAUGCCACAAGGCUACCCCGUCCACGGUCCAAUGGGCAUGGGCAGUGCAAACGGUUUCGGCAGCAGAAGCGCCACACUUCUUAGUCAAAACCACCCAACAAUGACCAGCACGGUGGGAGAAAUGGGGAUGCAGUUCGGGAAUGGCAUUAUGCCAGCUGGUUUAAUGAGUCCUGGUGCAAUCCGGGAAAUCAAGCCCCAGCACUCGCUCAAGUAGCUCUUUUGAGCCCACUGCACAGCUGUUUGCCUUACUUUUAUAUCCCAUUCCUAAUUGGCCAAGUCUCACCGACCGAUAUCCUUCAUCACUGUAUUACUUCGCAACUAAGCAAUAGGGCGCUUCCGUUGAAUCCCCCUCUUUCCUUUAUCUUGUUUAUUUAUGCCUACAUAGUGUUGGAGUUGCUCUUUUUCUCGUCUAUAUCUCUGGUCGUCGGGCGUCGUGUUUGACCUUAAAAAUGCUUGGGUGGGAGGACGAUUGAUAUCUUUAGAUUGGGACGUGCAAAGACGAUAGGGGUGUUAAAAUAAUUGUCAAUGUUUAUUAUACUAUAUUCCUCCGGGAAACGAGGAGGAUAAGCAAAACCUA